UCACAGGACAAACAGGAGGCGUCGAUCUGGUAAAUAGUGUGCGAGCUGCUCAACUAACCUAACAGCAAAUUCGAUUAUACGUCCAAUGUUCACUUGAGAAAACACACUUUGGUGAAUUUACGUCACUUAACGUUGUAGUUCCUUCAACAAAACCAGACAGCGCGGCUGUCGGUUUUAUUUUGAAAGGCAGCCUCUCUUCCUGUAUCGUCCGGGCUAACGGCUGCCGCUGUGACGCCGCACGUCGUCUGUGUGAAAGCCCUGCCGUCGCCUUGUCGAGUCAUCGCCAGAGAAGAGCAGAGAGCAGACGGAGCCGCCGUCCGAUGGCUUGAAAACGGGGGGGAGCAUAACCGUGCUUCACAGCGGAUUUAUUGCGCCACACAAGCCGAGGGGAGCGACGCGGCGGCGACGGGAGCGGGCCAGGACGUUGACGCGGAUGAGGACGCAGCAUCUUUGAACGGGGAGACCGUUGCCGUUUGUUGGCCGCGGUUGCAGAACCCGGACAGAAGAAGAAGUACCAGGAGCCGCCGCGACACCAGCGAGCGAACUUGGCUUCUCUGCCCCUGUGGGAGGUGUCAGUCUGUCGGCUGCGGGGUCGCUGCACGUACCGCUGGCCGUCUUUAGAGGAAUAAGCUCGUAGCUAAGUUAUGUUUCUGUGAAAAGCGUCUUCAUUUUUUAUUUUUUCUUCUUCAUCAUCUCCCUUCUAACGGCAACCAACUGUGGCUUUAAUGUGACGCACCACACUGACAUUCGUGCUGUGUGUCGGACACCCACUGCAGAGGAGUUAAAGGCUUUUCAAAUCAAGUUUCCCCCCUUCAUAUUUCUACGGUACCACCGGCAGCACACACCGAUGUGAGAGUGACAAGGGUCAAAGCAGAUCAAGCCGGGCCAGGCUAGGCCAGGCUAGGCCUACCUAGCACUCUGUCUGGCCCUUCCAGACAGGCCAGAAACCUCUGCAGGAAGUCCUGUCUUCAAGACCUCCAAUCAAGCUGUAACAGAUUGGAUUCCGAUCAUAUUUUCUCUUAUCAGCCGUUGGGAGGCCGAACUGGUCUGUUUGAUCUCCAGUUCUUCCAUGUCGUGGUUGUCCCUCUCUGGAUGUUGGCAUCAGGAUGGAUUCGGGUGUUAAUUUGACGACUGUCAGCUCAUUGCAGUGCUUGCACCCCCCCUACUUGGACUGCCUUUCAUCCCUUCCCUCCCCAGUCUUUAAGCGAAAGCCCCUUCCUCUUUCAUGGGGCUUCCCUGAGCCCUGUACUGAAGGGCCUUGUAGGAACUGUAGGUUGUCUUGUUGAAACAGUUGCAAAGAGGAAGUGGAGUUAAUAAAUCCUUGCUAAAAAAAAACUACAGAACACAAUGAAAAGUGUUGCAUUCAGUUGAUUGAUUUAUUUUCUUAACCCGUCCCCUUUGUUUUCCCUGGAGUUUCAUCAAAGGUUGGAGAGCGUUUCAUUUGGAACAGAAGCUUGCUAGUCGAGAUUUGUGCCCGCUUACUCAGAGUUUACAUAUAGGUUAGUCUGAUUACUCACAUUAAGUAAGUCCUCAUUUAUACGUACAGAAUUUCUCUUGUGUGAUCCGCGCCUCGGGAAGGAAUGUCUGAAAGCAGUAGCAGCGGCAAAGCGGUGAAAUUCAUUGCCCCGGCCCCCCCUCCUCCCUCUGCCUCUCCCAUUCCAUCGCCCCAGACCCCCCUCAAAAAUGUGAACGGCUCUGCCAGUUCAGACACGCACGUGGUGGAGAAGCUUAGCGGACACCCUGAGGUCCAACGUCGGCGCCACACGAUGGAUAGAGAUUCUAAAACAGCCGAGCACCGCUUCUUCCGCCGUAGUGUAAUUUGUGACUCCAAUGCCACAGCUUUGGACCUGCCCAGCAAAGCAGCUGUGAUACUCACCUCACCUCCAGACUGUGAAGGGCCUUCCACCUUUUUCCCUCCACAGCCCUCCGAUCUUGGACCUGGGGUACGAGAUGCUGAGGUCCCAAGAGGUCCCCUAACAUCAACUCUUCAGCCUGGUCUUGGGCUCGGUGAGGCAGCUGUGAAAGAGCAAAAUGCUGAGGGGGCAUUAACUGUGGGCUGUAUCACGGUUGCUGUUCCCACCAGUAACGUUGUUGAACAUAGCACAGAUGGGGCAGUAAAAGCGCCCAGCCCGACAGUAUUGGAUGUUACCGACAAAGCAGAAGGCAAGCAGCCUGAAGUCACAUUGCGUCCCAGGGGGUCAGAAAUUACACAACAAUUGGCAAAAGAUGGAAAAGCGAUUGUGGUGGACGAGGGUAGCGCUAGUAGUCCGACCGAAGAGAAGGAGAGGGAGACGGAAGAGGAGAGGGGUCUAGCAAAAGCACGAGCCGAGCAAAGGGAGGCCGAGAAACGAGUGCAAGAGGAUAUAGAGGAGGCGGAGACCAAAGCUGUUGGGACUUCGCCUGAUGGACGCUUUCUCAAGUUUGACAUCGAGAUUGGAAGAGGGUCCUUUAAAACUGUGUACAAGGGACUGGAUACAGAGACUACAGUGGAGGUGGCAUGGUGUGAACUCCAGGAUCGCAAGCUGUCCAAGUCGGAGCGUCAGCGCUUCAAAGAAGAGGCCGGGAUGUUGAAGGGUCUCCAGCAUCCUAACAUUGUCCGUUUCUAUGACUCCUGGGAGGGACCGUGCAAAGGAAAGAAAUGUAUUGUUCUGGUCACUGAGCUCAUGACAUCUGGAACGCUUAAAACCUACCUGAAGCGUUUCAAGGUGAUGAAAAUAAAGGUCCUGCGGUCGUGGUGCAGGCAGAUCCUCAAAGGCCUUCACUUCCUGCACACCAGAGCCCCGCCCAUCAUUCACAGGGACCUGAAAUGUGACAACAUCUUUAUCACAGGGCCAACGGGCUCAGUGAAGAUUGGAGACCUUGGUUUAGCCACGCUAAAGAGGGCGUCCUUUGCCAAGAGUGUCAUAGGAACCCCAGAGUUCAUGGCUCCGGAGAUGUACGAGGAGAAGUAUGACGAAUCUGUGGAUGUGUACGCCUUCGGGAUGUGCAUGCUGGAGAUGGCUACCUCAGAGUACCCCUACUCUGAAUGUCAAAACGCUGCCCAGAUCUAUAGGCGGGUUACCAGCGGAGUGAAGCCCGGCAGUUUUGACAAGGUAGCCAUUCCAGAGGUGAAGGAAAUUAUAGAUGGCUGCAUCAGAACAAACAAGGAUGAGAGGUAUGCUAUAAAGAUCCUGCUGAACCACGCGUUCUUCCAAGAGGACACGGGCGUCAGGGUUGAACUGGCAGAAGAGGAUGAUGGGGAAAUGAUAGCCAUCAAACUCUGGCUCAGGAUAGAAGACGUCAAGAAGCUUAAGGGCAAAUACAAAGACAACGAAGCCAUCGAGUUCUCCUUUGAUCUGAACAAGGACGUCCCUGAAGAUGUGGCUCAGGAAAUGGUUGAGUCAGGCUACGUUGCUGAGGGUGACCAUAAGACCAUGGCCAAGGCUAUCAAGGACCGCGUGUCUCUGAUCCGGAGGAAGAGAGAACAGAGGCAGUUGGUACGAGAGGAACAGGAGAAGAGAAAACUGGAGACGGAGCAACAACUGCAGCAACAGCUGCAGCAGCAGCAGCAACAACAACAACAACAACAACAACAACAACUACAACAGCAGCAGCAACAAGAGGCACUCAAAUCUUCCCACACACAGGCGGAGGCAGAGGAGACUGAAGUGGAGCAACAGCAGCUUCAUUAUCAGCACACCGGCAUCUCACACACCUCUGAAGGAGGUCUGGACAGUGGCCAGGGUUCUUCAGUUUUCUCCUCAGACUCCCCCCACCUGGGUCAGCUGACUAUGUCAUACAGCUGCCCCACCUCGACCCACCCCCCUUCUCAGCCCCAGUCCCCCUACCCCUCCACCCCCUCUGCUGCCCCACAGCAGCACCCAGGCUAUGCCCAGCCGCCGCAGCCAAUGCAGCAUUCAGUGCCGCAUCACUACAGUGGCGGUGCAGGAGGAGGAGGAGCUGGAGGGAGCAUCCCCCUCUCAACUCUCCCAGACCCCGCAACUCUUUUUUUCCCCUCCAUCCCUGAGAGGCCCAUUUCUUUUUCGCCUCCUCCCACUGGACCUCCUAAGGCCUACAACACCCAGAGACGCAAGAGCACGUCCAUUCUUGAGGCUCACACCCGUCACUUCCAGCCUGCCUACCCUCGCUAUGGGAGCAGCCUCCAUCCCUUCUCUGGGAUGGAGGGAGUUGAGACCCCCUCACUCUUCAUGGUGAAUCCCGGUUUUGCAGCAGCUGCUCAAAGACUUGGUGUUGGGGAGCCGCUCCAUCUCCCAGGACAAUCAGACCCAAGUCUGUACGGCUAUAAAGACAUGAGAGCAGAGCACGAGGAAGCAGUGAGGAGACUGAGUCUAAAUCAAGCUGCCUUAUUGGACCAUUAUGAAGCAAUGGCGUAUGGAGGAUACCCAAUGACUGCACACCAGCUUGGCCACUUGAGUUUCCAUCAACAGAGGCAAGCAGCAGCUGCAGCUGCUAGUAUGGGUUUUGACCACGGUCCUCCACCACAACCAGGGUUCUUGCACCCACACAUCAUGCAAAGAAUGAGUGCACACAGCCCAAUCCCUACACCCUUAACUCCCGUAAGUGCACCCGCUAUUGGUUCUGCUCCUUCUUCAUCAUCUGAUGGAUGCUUUCCACCACAGCAUACGUCCCAGUCCGCCUUCCCUAUUUCUGCACCUCCUGUAAUGGUCGACACCCCACAACCAACAAGUGGAAGUGUUUUUGAGUUUCAUUUAGCGGCAGCCGCUGCAGCCGCUGCUGGAGACCCAAGCCUCCUGGCAUCCAGACUGUUUCGGGCCCGAAGGAGCUCCAUGGACCUCCCUCUAGAGGACAACACUGGAACUGGAUCAGGCGGUUCAGGCACGUACAGCCGUUUGCAGCCAGUGACAGAAGAGCUGUACUCGUACGUCAGUCCUGAGCUCCCCUUGCCUCCAGGAAGUCUUCUUCUCCACCACACAGGUUUAAAAGACAGGAGUCCAGACCCUUCUAGUGACUCGAUGGCCUCCUCUGACGCUGGGGAGUUCCAGUCACCUCCUCCGCCACCUCUCCUCCCUCCAUUCGACUCCUCAGCUGCUCAGUCCAUCCCUCACUCAUCCUCCGCUGCGCUCUACGAUUCAUCCGGUGGAGCGUUUCCCAUAGAUCCCCAGGGACAUCCACCCUCCAUGCAGAGCUUUCUCCCUCCCACUCCAUCCUCUGAGCUCCCGCUUGGGGGAGCUUCAGCGACUCAGCUGGAGUCUCUGAUCCAGGGUGCCUGGGCCCGGCAUGGCGGGGUGGUACCAGCCCAACCUGAUAUGACAUACCAUGAGUCAUUGCUGGCCAUGCAGGCUGCUAACCCCAAUCUGCAGCAGGUCCAGGCUUCCACCACUCAGCAUUCUCCAGGACCCCCACUGGUCCCCGCCACCAGCCAGCCGGCUCCCCCUGGGACCUCCCAACAUGUCAUUUCAUCCAAUCAUAGUAUCACAUCAGUUCAGAGCCCCACGCACACGCCUCUGCCACAGGCACCUCUACAGUCUGCCUCUCAGCCUUCAGAGCUGUCCCAGUCCCAACUACAGCCACCUCAAGUUCUCUCAUCUAUAGAGAGCGGCCACUCUGAGACUUCAGGUUUGAGCGACGGCAACGAGGGAGGAGGAGGUCGUCACGAAGGCCGCCCCACCAAGCGUCAUCAGAGACGUUCUGUUCGAAGUAGAUCACGCCAUGAGAAGCUUGCCAAGGCCAAACUCAAUGUUCUCAAUAUCUCCAACCGAGGGGACAGGGUAGCAGAGUGUCAGCUGGAGACCCACAACAGGAAGAUGGUGACUUUCAGGUUUGACCUUGAUGGAGACAACCCAGAGGAGAUCGCUCAAAUCAUGGUCCAGAGUGAGUUUAUCUUGGAGAGUGAGAGGGAGUCAUUCAUUGAGCAGGUCAGAGAGGUGAUUGAGAACGCCGAUGAGAAGGGUCUGGAGAGAGACACAAACAGUCAGAUGGCAGGUGAUAAGGUGCAGCAGAUUCCUGCUAUAUCUGUCCCCAUGCCAGACAUCCCUCCCAGUGCAACAGCACAAGUGGUCCACUCAGCAGGUCGGAGGUUCAUCGUCAGCCCUGUACCUGAAGCAAGGCUGAAGGAGCAAAUGCUUCCCACUGCACCGUCUCCUACCCCCACACCUCCUGUUGAAACAGUUCCUACUGCUUCUGUCCCGCCUUCGUCUCAGACUCCAGGCCCAGGUAUGGCGUUGUCUCAGUCUGCCGGAGCAAUCAGCUUACAACAAGCCUUCUCUGAGCUCCGACAGAACCAGAAUCAGUUCGACUCUGGUCCCAGCACCGCCCCGGCGUCCAUCCACUCCACCCAUCCUCCUCUUCAGCCUGCGGCGGCUUCUGUCCCCUCACAGGCCAGCGCAGUCACUCCUGCUGUAGAUGUCACUGCUGGUCUUGUCCAUACAAAUUUAAACCAGGAGCAGGUCUUGGAGCCCUCCCUUCCUCCCCUUUCCUCCACCAGUCCUUCCUCUAUGCCCGCUGUCAGCCCUCCUUGUUCCUCCUCCCCUCCUGCCACUGUGGUGAAUCAGUCCAUCCUUCAGUCACAACUGGGGAUGCAGGCUGUGUCGCAACCCCAGGGACAGGUGCAGGUCCAGGGGCCAGCACAAGUUCAGCCCCAGGCUUUCACCCAGCCUUUAUCUCAAACUGUCUCUGCUGUCAUUGCUACUUCCUCCACUUUACCACCGGCCAGCAUUCCGCCAACAAUGCUCACCUCUCCUCCCCCCACCCUCACUGCUCCCCUUGUUUCCUCUCCUCCCGCCUCUACUGAAGUCUCGUCCUCAAUCUCUCCCACCUCAUCCCCUGCCCCUUCCCUCUCCUCGACUGUCAUCCCCACUACUGCCAUCCCCGGCCCUCAGCUUACUCCCUCUGCCACCUCCCAGCACUCUUCCCCUCCCGCCUCCACCUCCUCUGCCGCUGUUGGGCUCCAGCCAGUGACCACCAAUGUUCCCUCAGUGCAGCCAACUUUGGUGCACUCCCAGCCGCAAACAGCAGCCCUGCCUGGGCAGACGCACACACACUGUGGGGAAUGCGAUGCGAGGUGUGAGGCUGAGUCCCAGGGCAAACCUGACGACAUCCAAGCCCUAGAGAAGAAGCUGCGCUCUCUCUUCAUGGACCUUGGCGGAGGAGUGCCACCCACUCAGGGGGACAUCGUAGCUGGUGACCCUGCCUCUGUAGCCUCCAUUGGAGGUACCUCCUCCCCUAUAGGCCCCUGCUCUACCUCCAGCACAUCUGUCACCACACCUGGCUCCAGCCUCCCUGCCAAUCCCCCUCAGCCCCCCUCUAGCCUCGCGCUGGGAUCACCUGCUCCAAUCCAGGGCCCUGGAACACCCAUCUCCACCCCUGCACAGAUUGUUUCUACAGUCGUCCCUGCUUCAUCCUUUGGCCAGACCACUCCAUCCAAAACUCCCUUAUCCAGGGUACCGGCCAGUUCUCCUUCUUCAGAACUCCUGCCAUCUUUCCCUGGACCUUGUCUAAUACAGUCCCAGCAGCCUUUGGAGGAUCUGGAUGCUCAGCUGAGAAGAGCUCUGAGCCCAGAGACUGUUCCUGUCAGCACACACACACAGGCUUCUCACAGUGGCAUUCCUUCAGGGGGACACAUUCCCUUUUCUCUGGAGGAAGACGCUGUGUCCUCUCGUGCUCCUGGGAUAAAACUGGGAAGAUUUCAGGUCUCCUUGGCUGCUGAGGAGCCUCCUGUCAAACCCCCGGCCUGCACUGAAUCUUCCUCCACCACCUCCUCAUCCUCCACGUCUUCCUCCUCAUCGUCCUCCUCCAGCCUUUCCAGCCCGGAGAACACACUGCACAAGGACUCCUCGUCUCCUCUGAGAGGAGGAGGACGGGGAGGAGAUGUUGUGGAUGGACUCCCUCAAAGGGCUCUUGGAGUCCAGGCCUCACCCCUCACGUCACCCUGUCCCUCUCCUAAGCCUACCACGACAAUCGGACGCUUCCAGGUUACCACCAACUCAGAGGCCCGUGUUGGUAGAUUCUCAGUCAGUCGUGCUCCUGAGCAGAUCCUCGAGCCCAGGCAGACCCCGCAACCCGCUGCGCAGGCGGCUAACGGACCCAGUAAUGCGGGGCAGCUUUUGAGUCCAGACUCAGCUCAUAAAGCCUCGCUGCCCAGUCUGAACAACAACUCCUUCAAUAACUCCUACAUCAGCAGUGACAACGACUCUGAAUUUGAGGAUGAAGACUUCAAACGGGAAGUCAGCCGACUCCGAGAAAAGCACAUGCGUGAGAUUCAGGCCCUCCACUCUCGCCAAAAGGACGAAAUAGAUAGUCUCUUCACCAAGCUGGGAAAGGUUCCUCCGGCCACAGUGCUCCCUCCAGUUAUAGGCUUGACUGGCAGAAGGAGACGACCCACCAAAAGCAAAUCCUCCAAAUCGUCCAGAACCAGCUCCACCCAUGGCAGCAAGAGUCCGUUACAGCCAGGCAGCACUUUAUCCGCCCAGAGCGUCCCCACCAUGUACCCCGGCCAGCUGGCUCUUUUAGCCCCAGGAGGAUUAGCCGAUUCGAGCAGCAGUACUUUGCUCCAGCCACUCAAACCCUCUCCCUCCAGCAACAACCUGUGUUCGGCCUACACCAGCGAGGGGGCGCUCUCUGUUCCCAGCCUGUGUGCUCCCACCCCAGGCUGUGUAAAGUUCAGCUGGGGUUCGGAGCGUUUGGCCUUCAAGCCUGGCGGCAGGAGGACGCGCUUUCUGAGUACGCCCUGCUUGGCUCUUUGGAAGAUGGUGAAAAAAGUCUGCCCCUGCAACCAGCUCUGUAGGACGAAUAGUACCAACGCAGUGAGCGGUUCAGGUGGUUUGAGCCAGAGCCAGGGCGGCUCUCAGAGUCUGCCCCCCAGCAUGUCAGCCCCCAACCAGAGGAAAGGCACCUUCACCGACGACCUCCAUAAACUGGUGGACAACUGGGCCAGAGACGCCAUGAACCUCUCACAGGGGAAGAGGAGUGCCAAACAGCUGCAGCAGACCCCGGCACAGGGACACAGCUACGAGGUCAUCCAGUCAGCCAGUCUGGGCAGGAAGUUCUCUGCUCCCAGCCAGCUGUGUACCAGCAGCAUCGGAGGCUCAGCCCACCUCCCUUCAAACCCCACCACCGCUACCUCUCUGGCCGUCCGCAAGGGCUCCCUGUGCCACCCCCCUGCCUCCUCCACUCCACCUCAGCCCCCGCCUCCCCAGUUCAUCCACUAUGCCCCCACCCCCGCCUACAGCGCACAAUGGUCCGGUCCGGCUCACGGCCUGCCGACUCCGCACCAGGCCCCUGCACAGCCCGGGCCUCUACUUGUCAGCACCUCCCAGCCCCUGGGCCCCUACCCCACCACGGUCGGGGCACAGGGCCAGAUUCCCGGGCAGGGGCCGCUGCAGGCUUUACACCUGACCAACGCUCUGCAGAAGUCAGUCAGCAACCCAGGAGGACCCAACCUGAGGACCACGUAGGGCUGGGCGUGAGGGCUGGUUUGAAUCCCAGCCCGAAUGGACUGGACUGGACUGGAUUGGACUGCUGUGGAGUGUUACACGCUCGAUCGGGCCCGGAGAGGAUGGAAGAAGCCGGGGGAGCGUGGAGAGCGAGGAAAUCACAGACUCUGACCUGCUCCAGAGGAGGAGAAGAGAAAUCAGGAAUGUGAUGUCACAGACCCAAACGCAGUCACACAAUCUCCCUUUCUGCUGUGUUUGACUGUGUUUGCAGUGUGACAGGCAGCCAAAUGCUCAAGGAUAAAGGACUCGUGUGUGCAAUGUUAAGAGGCCAAAGAGGUUUUGACAGGGUGCGGGUCUGGUGUUACUAACUAUUCGUGUGUGAGGUAUUGUGUAUAGCCGGGUCACACUUGUUCCAUUUCAUGCUCUACAUAGUCGGCAUCACCCUCUUGAGACCAUUUAGGGGGAGAUGUUGGAUCAGAUUGAGGGGGAGGAAUGGGAUGGCUUCAGCUCUUGUGUGUCCACACAGCACCUCCUAAUAGCUUGAAAUGCUGCAGCCGCUGAAAAUAUCCCAACUUUUACCUCUCAGACUGAGAUUAAAAUCAUUCUCAAGCUCUUAAAGAAGACAACAACAAUGCAGUUUGUCCUCAUUUAAUACAGAAAGGACACUGGCAUUCUAUAAAGAGGUGACUGGUGGAUUCAGAAGGGAGUUUGGCUAUCACAUCACCGAGCAGUGUUUCUGUCAGCAGUUUGCUUCUCUUAAAUUCAUGCAUCCAAAAAAAAGGCUGCAGAUAAAAGCUUUGAGAGCAGAAUGGAAGUGUUUUCCUCUUCAGUAUUCAGAAUUUUUCAACCAUUAAAAGCACAAAAAAAAAUCCAAAACAACUCAAAAACGCACAUUGAGAAUUUGAGCGCCUGGAGCGGAGCUGACCUCCAGCCUGGGUUAGAGUAGGUGUAGCCCAGCACUUGGUGGGGUUUUGAGAGAAAUCGUGACCGCUACUCCUCUUGUCACCUUCUGUGUUCUUGUUUGUUUGUCCGCCGUUCAAGCAGACGGAGGAGAGAUGGAGGAGAGGAAGUAGGCGAAGAGGAAGGAGUGUUAGCUAACAGUUCCGACACCUCAUCUGUUUGGUUCUGCUUACUCGAGGGGAGCACACCGGCUGCGUGAGUACUGAAUGGACACGACAGAUGCUCCCGCACACCAAACGCCUCUUCACCAUCACGACUCCACCUCUUCCUCCAUCCCUCUCUCCGCCUCUCUGUUGCCAUUUGAAGCAAUAACAGCAGAAAACCUUUUAGAGAAGAUAAAAAAAAAACACCCAAACAUGAGAGAACUCAGCGUGAAAAAGUGGCCUUGUUAUCAGAAUAAUAUAGAGUCCCUGUACAGUUUGUGUUUAUUUUUUAGAAUGUCAGCCAUGAUGAUUCCAUUUGUUGUUUUGUUUUGUUUUUUGUUUUGUUGGGUUUGGUUUGCUCGCUGCCCCCAGCCAGCAAUCUGACACACACACACAUGCACACACACACACACACACACACACAGAUACACAAAAUGCAUGAGACAUUCAUAUAAACACACACACACCUGCAUACACAGACUCAUGUAAAUACAUGCACAUUGUUGGAGGCGUAGCAGCUGUUUAUCAGACAUAGAUUCACAGACUAAUGCCUCAGUUCUGCUCAUUAGAGUUCAACUUUGGUGUUGAAACGAUUGCAAUGUACAUUAUUGUUGUUAAUGAUUAUUGUUCUAUUUAAAAAGAAACAAAAACAAGAACGUGUUCUGUCGAUGGACCUGUUAUAUGCGCACAUCGCUGUAUGAUGUGGAAACACUGUGAUUAUUGUUGUUUAUUCUUAGCAAAUGUUGUUGGACAACAUUAGUUUUAGGGUGAUGUCACAAAUUGAGAAAAAAACAAAUGAAACAAAAGCAAACAGAUUGAGGCUUCGGGGUCCUUUCACUUUCAAUUCACUGCUUUCAGUAAUGGAUUCUCAUCGAAAUGUGAAAAAUUGAAAUUCCUUCUUUUUCAAUAACCGUCCUCACAUCCAGAUACAGAGGACAAAGAUCCGAAACAGAUGCCUUACCGACAACUAAUCAACUGCAGCUUCAGUUUCUCUUCACAACUGAUCAAAUUGAAAGUCGAAACUGACCUCCGAGCCCGAUUCUAAAGACAAACCGGGAUGAACGGCAGGAUAGUUGAUAUUUAGAUAAUAAAGUAAUGCUAGCUAUUUUUUUUCUUAAUACAGUACUUAUAUAUCAGACACUUUAAAUAGCCCUCCUCUUCCCUUUCUCCCCUGGUUUUGUUAGAUGAAUGUGAAUGUAUAAACCAAUGGUGUGCAUUUUAAUGUACUUGAAAAAAAAAAAAAUCUGUAUUUUAUUUUUAUUUUGCUUCCCCCCGACACCCCCCCAUAGAGCCUCCGGUUGAACACUGGAGGUAGUUUAGUGCCUUGCAUCCUACCUGUUGCUUGUUUCGUUUGGGGGGGGGUGAGGUCUUGGGUUACAGUAAGCACACUUAACAGCAUGUGUGGAGAGUUUUGGGGUGUCAACUUUGAAGUUGGUGGUGACGUUUGUGAUCUUGGAUCUGGUUCAGAUGACGAGUAGUUAAAGGAGAUGCAGUAAUAAUGGCUGAUGUUUAGCGGCUGCUUACUGUGUGCGCUACAGCUGGUUUGUGGUUAAUUCUCUUCUGAGUGUGUUUUCCACCAAAAAAGCAAUGAAAAAUCUUAGCUAUUAACCGCCUAACUUAGCUCUUUGAAUUGACUGUCACGCCACCAACAUGAUGGAAGAUGGAGAGAAUGUGAGAGUUUAUCAGCGCCAUUUUUUUUCAGGGUUUUAAAUGUAGAUACUGGGAAGAGGUAAAAAAAAAAUGGGUUGGGAGGGAGUAUUUUUUUCAGUUUUAAGGAGGAAGAUGUUGAAGAUUGUAUUUGAAGCUUGGACCACUCUGUACUUUGGAGGCACUGGCGCAGUCAGCAGAGGACACAUUGGUACAGUGAACUAUGGUUAGCUUCUUCGAUCAGGGCUGGGCGGGAUGGCCUUUUAAUAUUUUUAGGCUAUGUCGCAAUACAUUCAAUAUCUCAUUAUUUUGAAAUCCCCUCAGAAGCACUUCAUAAACGUUAACAAAAACAAAUAUCACAAUAUAUCUCACCAAAUACGUCCAUUGUGCUAUUGCUAUUGACAGUAUUGUAGGGAUGACUUUUAAGGCAACACUUACACCAUAAAGUCAAAAAAGGUAUCUCCUCUCAUAUCACGAUGACAAAAUAAUAUUAAUAUAGUGCCCAGCCUUACAUUUAAUGUUAAAUACCAAAACUAAUGAUGAUGCUGUGGCCUCAGGAUUUAAAAAAAAAACAGGCCCCUUCCCUGGUUUUGAGCACAAUUGUAUUGUUAUUCAUUAAAUAAUGAGUGCAGACAUUAGCCACAGACAAAACUGUAUCUUUGAGAUACAGUAUGAGUCAAAUCUACUUUAAACUUAACUUAUAUUUCAAAUUAAAUUGCCAUAAUUAAAUGGAAAGGCCAUCCAGAGGCACGACCAAAUGCCCAAUUUUACAGUAUUUAUAGACUUUUAAGCCCUCGAAAAUGUAUUUUUAGAAUGUAACACUCAGAAACUCAGCUAAUGUGCUUUAUCCAGACUGUGUGGGUCUGAUUAGAAUCAGAUUUAAUCGGCAGUGGCCAAUAAAACCACCAACUGUCAUGAGAUUCUAAUUCAAAUGAUGCUGAAUCCUUAAAAAGAGAGCAAAGAAGCAAAGAAAUGGAGAAAAAAUCUAAUUUAAAACCUCCUGUCCAAAACUGUCCGAACUUUGGCAUAGAAUAGUGUUUUAAUGUAGGAAUCCAUCUGUCAGAAGGAAGAAGCCGAUUGAGCAAAUACAUUUUCAGGGCCUUUAAGUGUCAAGAGCGGCAUAACACCCCAGUAAGAUUCAGAAAGAUGUCGGCUGUAGAUGAGCUGUCCGCAAACAGUGUGAAUAUUGUCUCAUCCACUCGUUUUCCCACUGUGUGUGUCUGAAGCUGAACCAAAAAUUGAGAGUAAUAUUUUAACAUCACAGUGCUGGAGGUGGUGUUGGUGGUGGUUCUGAUGACCGUGCUGAUAGUGAUGAUGGUGGUGAAAGUGAUGGUGAUAGUGGAGUUCAGAUUCAAGGCCUUUGACACCCCCCGUCCUCUUUUUAUUUGUCUCUUUUCAUUUGUCAGUGCAGAUGAAACAUAUCUGGUACAAACUUUAACAUUCACUUAACAUCGUUUUAUUUUUAUUUUCUGUUUUUUGAAUGGGGAAUGGGUGUUCUGGAUUUGCAUUAAAAAAAAAAACAUGAAAUGGUUACUUUGUAAAGUUUGUACAAAAAAAGCAUCGCUUCGCUUGAUUUUCUUUUCUUUUUUGUCUCAUUUCACAUGAAUAAUAAUGCAACAUUUUUACUACUAGGCAAGUUUGGUUGAAGCUGUGAAUAAUCAUUGAGCCACUUUGCUUUAGUUCUGUCAAUCUGUUCAAAAGAAUUCAAACCUUUAACGAUGCCACCAACUCAGUGCCAUUUGACUUUUCUGUCAGUGGAGUGAAAACGUAAAAGUAAACUGGGUGUGUUUGAAUUGCUUUCACUCACCGCAGCUGGUUUGGUCGCCAGGUGGAUUUUCACUUUGCAAUAGCUCGAGCCUCAAAUGAUUUCCACAGAAGACAUUUAAUAAUUCUUUGCUGUGUCUCUUACAUAAAUACCAUGAAAGGAAACGCCUACUGCGAUGCAAUAUUAUUUGAAAGUUUCAGUUUGCUUUCAAGCUCUGAGGUUACAGUUUGCUGGAGGACUCUUAUUUUGUAAGGAUCCGGAGUUAAACAUCUGUGGGUGCAAUUAUUGUGAAGUUUGUUUGUUUUGUUUUUUUAUCUUACUGUGAAAGGCUUGAGAGUUCUCCAAUACAGGCGCUCUUAUUGUGAAGUUUCCUGAAGUUAAAGCAGAAAAAUAGGUUUCUUUUUUUCUGGUGACACACAAACAGUGUAGCAAUAGUUGUUUUUAAACUCAUUUGAUUCUUUUUUUUUUUUUUUUCCUGUUCAAGACUUGCCUAACCUUUUUACGCAUUUUACUGUAGAAGUGCCCACAUGUAAAAGAAUUGCCUUUCAGUGCACCGACACACACACACACACACACACACACACACACACACACACACACACAGAUUGAUUCAGUGCAUCUCCUUGCUGUUUCAUGUAGCUCGCUCCUGUGGAAUGACGUCGAGUCUCGAGCACAGCAACAGUUUCCUCUCCAGACUGUUACUGAACACGUCGGUUAUGUUUCCACUCUUUCAUUUUUUUAAAUUUUUUUUUUUUAAUUUCUCACUCGUUUUUAUCAGCUGUUUUAACGUCUCUAGCGGCACCUAACUUAACUCAGUGGUUUCAUUUUUUCUGUAUCGUGUUUGACAUUGUACAAAGUCGGUUGGAUUAAAAAAAAAAAACAACACCUGGAUGAAUGAAUGAGAGAAAAAACAAAACAAUAAAAUACGUGUAGGGAGUCAUCGGCAGCCUUUAAAGGUAUGUUUUGCACUAAGUAUAGAGUGUUCAAGCUUCAUAUUAAAAAAAGUUGCGCUUUGCGCUACAAUACAAUGAAAUUUGUUACUUUAUUUGUAAAAACUUAAUAAAUAAAAGUUGUUUAAAUGAA